UGCUAUUCACCCCGGGGAGUAAAACGGUAAAAACCCAACAAGGUAGCAACCUGGUGGGGGUUUAAGAAGAGGGAGAGGGGCCGGUUUAGUGGAGAGCUUAAGCUACCGGGUGUAGCCGGUGGACGAGGCCGGCAGCGACUGAAAGCACAAGAGAUAGCGAGUACAGAGGGAGGGAGAGAGGGAGGGAGAGAAAGGAGAAAGGGGGGAGCUUUCAGAAGACGGAGGGGCGGGGAGCGAGCGAGCGAGCGAGAGAGAGAGAGAGAGAGCUGUAUCAUCACAAAGCUCGCAGGCGGUGUGUGAAUUGAUGGUGUCUACACUCUCCUCUUUCUCUUAUCUCCUGUCCCUAAGCUAAGCUAAGCUCGAGAGUUAAGGAAAAGAAAGAGAGAGAUAGAGAGGAGGAGGGGAGGAGGGGUGGGAGAGGAGAAGGGUCCGCUGUCGAUCCCGAGAUCUGACUGGGGAUCGCCGGGAGACAGAUGCGGAGAUGGACUUCGACGACCACGACGACCCGGAGGAGGAGAUCGGGCUGCCCGUGGGCUCCGGCUACGAGCCCCCGCUGGGGAAUUCCGGGAGAGGCGCCGCUGGAGGAGGGAAAGUCGCCGGCGGAGGAGGAGGAGGAGGGGAAGGGGGGAUGGUAUCAGCGGGGGCGGCGGCGGGGUCGAGUAACCGGAAGGUGAGCGGUGGGGGAGGCGGAGGGAGGUAUAGAGAGUGCCUCAAGAACCACGCCGUGAGUAUCGGAGGCCACGCGGUCGACGGAUGCGGGGAGUUCAUGGCGGCCGGCGAGGAGGGGACAUUGGACGCGCUCCGCUGCGCUGCCUGCGGCUGCCACCGGAACUUCCACCGGAAGGAGGUGGAGGGUGCCAGCACCGUUGGAGCCGGCGCGAUCGGGGCGGAGUACCACCCCCAGUUCUCCCCCUACUACCGGACGCCGGCGGCGUACCUGCACCCGCACCACCACAUGGCGGCGGCGGCGGCAGCGGCCGCGCAGCAGCAGCACCGCCCUCCGCCGCUGGCUCUGCCAUCGACUUCCGGCGGCGGGGGGCACAGCAGGGACGAUCAGGAGGAUAUUUCGAACCCGAUGAUAGGCGGCGGAGGCAUCGGCGUCAGCGGCGGAGGGGGGGCGUCGGGGUCGGGGAAGAAGCGUUUCAGGACCAAGUUCACGCAGGAGCAGAAGGAUAAGAUGCUGGCGUUCGCGGAAAGGGUAGGGUGGCGGAUCCAGAAGCACGACGAGGCGGCGGUGCAGCAGUUCUGCAACGAGGCGGGCAUCAAGCGCCACGUGCUCAAGGUCUGGAUGCACAACAACAAGCACACCCUCGGUAAGAAACCCUAGCUCCUUCGCCACACCCACCACACUGCUCUUAGAGAAGGGGUCGGGUGGGAGUUAGGGUUUCUUACUUAUCUUUGCUUCUUUGCUUCUUUCUAUCUGUAUUCCUAGGCUAUGCUGCUUAUCUUCUUCUCUCUAGCUGGGAACUGCUUUAAUUAUAUCCUCCUCUUUAAAUCUAGCUGUACUGCCAUUUCGAGUUCUUCUUC